GCCGCAUGCUGCUACACCGCAGUCGUAACCUGGUGUCCAUGUGGAGUGGUGCUGCUCGUUUGACUUGAAGCGUGGUCGGUUAAAAAUGGAAGAGUUAACCCAUGGAAUUGGACAUUUGUUAAGACCAGUCCUAGAUUCCGAGCACAAAGAUGAAGCUCUUGGAAGUCUCUUAAGCUCGUGUGCUGAUCAACGUGUUUUUGUCAAGGCUGACCCAGGUUUACACUCAGUAGCAAGUCUUAUUAAUACUAAACUUAAUGAAUCGUCUUCAAGGUUCGAUGGAUUAGUCUUGCUGCACACUUACCUACCACAAUGCUCUUUAGAUAUCCUUUUGCCAAAUGCUUGUUCUUGGAUGCAAUUUUGUUUGAAGAGUUUUACUGUACCCAAGACAUCUCAUAUUGCUUUCACUGUUUUCAAAAUAUUGCUUGAGCAGUCUGUGUCCAUACCAGAGUUGUCGAAACAUGUAUCCUCCACAGUCGUAGCCAGUUUUGCAGAACAGUUGCAUCAAGGUGUACCCCCUCAGGCAUAUUCUAGCGCUCUCCAAUGUUUAGAAUAUUGUAUGAGGAAUUACAAUGGCCCCUGCGGACCACAUAGAAAAGUGUUUGAGCGCUUCUUAUUUUCUAUGGUCGACUCCACGGGGCCUGAAAGAUACAAGGCAGCUCGUUGUGUGGCCAUGUUACCCCAAAUUGGUGGUGGAGGUGUGGGCGGUAUCCGAUAUGAAAAUUCAUGGGUUGCUCAACAUCAUGCCAUCAUACGUACCAUCCACUUAUUGUUGGAUGAACUCUAUGCUAAUAUCAAUGAACUGACCUUGAUGGGUAACAAGCUGGAGGAUGUUGAUCCUUUGCCAUUCCCUCCUAUUGAAACCACUGAUCCAAUUCUUUUAGUUCAGAAAUUGAAAAAUCGCCUCAUCAACAUAUCAGCAUAUCUUAUGUUCAUGCUUGUAAUGCCGUACCCUGUUCCGAAGGAAGUUUCUGCCUCAUGUAUAAUGCAUUUGAUCUGUCGAGGACUUGCUGUAACUGGUUCUUCCUUAGGCAACAGUUAUACAACUCAUCGCUUAGCUCUUUUAGCAGAUCUACCAUUUAUUCAUACUGCUUUACUGAAGGUGUUAGAAGCACUAAUUUUGUUUGGUCAAACAAAUAUGCUGACAUUUGCAUCUCUAAUUUGUAAACUUGCAAUUCAGAGUUUGAAAUGGACCUCUGUUGAUGCUUGGCCAUUUAGCCAUGACAGACCUUUCAGUGUUCUCAGAUUACAAUCCUAUGCAAUCAUUAAAGUUUGGUGUGGCAUUGCAAAGAGUGGAAGUCUUGUAGAUGAGGUAGCCCAACAGCUUGUCGAAUUAUCGAAGUGUGACAUUUAUUCAGAGAAAGGCGCAGUUUCUCUUUCUCAAUCUUCAAUGGUUAUUAGAAAGCAAAAUAAUCAGAAAAGAAAGGGAAAUUCCAUUAUGAGUAGCACCACACCAACGAAUCUGCUGCCUACCAAUAAGUCAUCCAACAAAGAUGUUUCUGUCGCUGCUUUACAGGCAAUGCAGGCUAUGAUAAUGUCAGCUUCAUAUCAAGUUCAACCUUCUGUCCACAAGGUUCUUCAGGAGACUGUUGUUGCCCUGCUACUCAAAGUAACAAACAAGGUAGAAGAUUCUCCAAUCCCAUAUUCUGAUAAAGCACCUAGACUUGAACUCUUCAAACUGUUGCUCCAACUUGUUCUGGAUUGUCAUCCAAAUUCGCCUCCCCCUACAAGUAUUGCUCUUAAACUCUUCUCGAGUGGUCUUCGUGAUUCAGAAACAGAGAUUGCAAUGCUUUGUGGAACUGCACAAAGUGCUCUUGAUAAAAUAAUCCACCCAGCUUAUGCAUCUCUCAACAUUAUGCCAAAUAGACAAGAAUUAGAAGAUGCUGUUGUUCAGUCGGGACUGUCGCACCAUCUAUCUCAUCAAUCAAAUUCAUCCAGAGCUCGUUUCCAGGAUAACACAGAUGAUUCGGAACUUGAGAUUACUGAUGCUGUCUCGAUGUCAUCCAAUGGCAAGAUCUCCACAUCUAAAGAGCAUUUUGUGUUCCAUCCAAAGCAUCGCUCUACGGCAGUACUGAAUGAUAUCACAGCAAGAGCUGAAUUUACUAGUCCAGUGCAUAGCACACCACAUGUGUCCAAAAUGCCUCCCAAGGAAUCUUGUUCACCUGCAAAGAAUAAUGAGAAGUCUUCUUUGAAUGUCCAAAAUUCAUCAGAUCGUAAGUCAACUGUUGAUCUUACAUCUCCCUCACCCAGUCAUGUAAAGGUGACCUCUGCUCAACAAAAUAAUGAAAAAGAAGAUGUCACUAAAACAGUGGAUCUUACGAUGUCGGAUAAAAGUGAUGAUGACGAUGAUGAUGCAGAUAUAUCUGAAGUACCUUGUGAAAUUGACUUGGCAGACUCUGAUGAUGAUAAAAGCAAUUUAUCGAUGUGCAGUCAAACCACGUUGAGCACCCCACUAAAGGAAAACAGUCAGGCACCUAAAGCAGAUGUGCAGAGAGAGAAAGUAUCGCCAACUAUUUCGGUUCCCGCAGCGGUUGUGGAUGGUCCAGCAGAUGUGGGCAAAGCACCAGAAGAUAAUGCAGAAGGCAACCAGUCCACAACUGAGCUACCUACUGCACAACCAUCUGAAACUACUAAAGAAGCUGAGGCAUCCAAUUUGUAUGACAUACCUACUCAAACCCAAGAGCAAAUAGAAAAAAAGAAUGAGGAUCCAGUAAUUGCAGUAAAUGAGACAAAACCGGAGGAAGUAGUUUCAGAUAAGAAGAGAAACGCAGAGGAUGGAGAGGAAACCUCACCCAAAAAACAAAAGUUAGGUGAAGAUUUUGAGUUUGAUAGUUGUGAGGAAGACGCUCUUCUUCUGUCAUUUCAAGAUGUAGUCCGGGAAGAGCUUGACGAAGAUGGAGAAUGAACCUGUGCAGUCUAAUUUGUGGCAAAAAAAAAUUCCUGUAUUUUUUGCAUUUCUUAUUUCAAGUAUUUAUAUUUGUUUCUUCCAUUUUUUGCUUUAAUCUUCUAUUCAAUAAUAUGUUUUCUUAUCUUGUAUUUUUUUUAGAAAAUACAUCAUAGUU